AUGGUAUUGUCAGACCUUCACACUCCUUUUGAAAUUUCUGAAGGAAUACCAGAGUCAGCACAUGAUUGGCAUCUUGAUCGAGUUAAUUAUUCAGAACAGCAAAUUUGUGAAAUGCCUACAAGGAUAAAAACUAAGAAGGAAGACUACACUAUUGAUGAGCAAUAUGAUGUUGUUGACAUCAACAGCUUUAGUGAAAUGCAAAAACUUGCUUAUGACAUUGUUAAGUCUCAUUUUGAUGAUGCAUCGUCUGAAAAAGAGUCAUUAUGUCUAAUCAUAAAUGGUGUUGCAGGUACUGGUAAAAGUUACCUUAUUAAUGCUAUUCGAAACCUUCUACAAGGUAAAUGUGCUGUUACUGCUACAACAGGUAAAGCAGCAUACAAUAUAAAAGGUGUAACUGUGCACUCUUUAUUAAAGUUACCUACAGUAUAGGGUCAAGAGGUAAUAAGGACCUGACAGGACAGACUUUGUGUAGGUUGCAGGAGAACCUUAAUAAUGUUGAAUACAUCAUUAUUGACGAAUAUUCCAUGCUUGGCCAAGUUACUUUUGGCUGGAUAGACAAACGUGGCAAACAAGCAACUGGUUGUAAUGGCAAAGUAUUUGGAGGAAAAUCUUUGAUUUUGACUGGUGAUCCAGGUCAAUUACCACCGGUUGCUGAUAAACCUCUUUACCAUUCUAAACCAUCGAAUGCUGUUGGUGAACAAGGUUAUCAAGCAUAUCAUAUGUUUGAUAAAGUUAUUAAACUCGCUGUAAAUCAACGAGUGCAAGGCAUGAGCUCUGAGCAAGUGAAAUUCAGAGAUCUGUUGUUACGACUUCGCAAAGGUGAGUCAACUGUGAAUGACUGGGAAUUACUUCUCACACGUCAACGAUCCAAUAUCUCAAACUUGACUGAAUUUGAAGAUGCCACUAGACUCUUCUAUAGCAAUGAGCAAGUUGGUAAUUACAACCAUGACCAGCUAGCCAAACUUGAGCAUCCUAUUGCUCAUAUUAAUGCUCGCCAUUCCUCUGCACUGGCAAAAACGAUAUCUGCAGAUGAUAUGUCUGGGUUGGAACCAGUUGUGUUUCUGGCAAAAGGUGCUAGAGUGAUGUUAACUAUGAGUUUAUGGCCAAGCGUUGGGCUCUGCAAUGGGGCUACUGGAACAAUCGUUGAUAUUAUUUUCGAGAACAAUCAUCAACCACCUGACCUACCUAUUGCGGUUAUAGUAAA